GGAGUUGUUCUAUACUGUGCGUAACAUCCUGAUGCUCUACUGCCAGGUUGUACCAACUGCCCAUGCACAUGCCCUUGCUACCUUGCCACAACAAGCAGCUAUCAUACACAACAACAGCAUGUACUUAGCACAUCAUGCUCUCCUGUUGGGACAUCAGUACAAGCACAGACUUCCACAAGCCCUGCGAGACAAUACAUUACUACAGUUGACCUUGCUCAGCAGCUCAGAAGAAUGGCAACUUCCACAUUCUUGAAGGCAAUGCAGUGGCAUCGUGCAUCAAUAAUUGAUACAUUAAGAGAGUCUGCAGGCUUAGAUAUGAUUGGAUGUGACACUAGUGCUGUGAACAAAGCAGAGCAGGGUAUGCGACAAUGUUUGCACCAGCUGCAGUUACUUCAUCGUGUGUGGCAACAUGUUCUUCCUCAUACAGUCUACACAAAAGCAAUGAGCACACUGGUAGGAUCUGUGGUAGAAGAAGUAGUUAUCAGAGUUGUGGGUUUGGAAGAUAUAUCUGCAGAUUCAGCUCUUGCCCUUAUCAACCUCCUCAACCUUCUUAAGGACAACAUACCUCCCCUCUUCCAGGUUGAAGGUGAAGCCAAGACUAACCCUGGAGAUGUCAUAAGGCAUGUUCGACUCUGGGGGAAAUUCUGUGAACUCAUUGUUGUCUUGGGAGCCAGCUUACAUGACAUCUUAGACCGAUGGUCUGAUGGAAAAGGCCCUCUGGCACACGAAUUCACUCCAGAUGAAGCGAAACAACUCAUCAGAGCACUCUUCCAGAACACUAGUCGAAGAGCACAGGUCUUGGCAAGCAUUAAGUGAUUCUUGUUGCUUGUGGUGCUGAUAGACCUUGAUCCUAGGAGAUGUUUGUUAGCAGAUAUUGUAGCAUGAAAAUAAUACAGACUUUAUAGGAUAUA